AUGUCUGCUCUUCGUAAAGCUGCAGAGGAAUACCUCACCGUUGAAAGUAUUCCAGAAUACAAAGAGACUAUCAAAGCUAUUCUUGAUAACGAAGCCGAGCUUAAGAAGUACUUCGGUAGCCGUCUUGCAUUUGGUACCGCUGGUAUCCGUGGUCGCACUGGCCCAGGCUACACACAAAUCAACCCAGGUCUUGUUCUUCAGACCGCUCAGGGCUAUUGCAAGUACAGCAUUGAUACCCUUGGCCUCGAAACAAUGCAAAAGCGCGGUAUUGUUAUUGGCUAUGAUGCCCGUAAGUACUCUCGCGAAUAUGCUGAAAUCACAGCAUCAGUCUUCUUAAUGAAGGGUAUCAAAGUUUACCUCUUCUCAACAAUUAUUCCAACACCAUACGUUGCUUUCGGCAUUCGCCAUCUUAACGCAGCUGGUGGUGUCAUGGUUACAGCUUCCCACAACCCAGCCACAGACAAUGGCUACAAGGUUUACUGGGACAACGGUGCUCAGAUCAUCGAACCACACGAUGCUGGAAUCAGCAAGGCCAUCCAAGAGAACCUCAUCAAAUGGGAAGGAUUCGAUGCCUCCCUCUUCGUUGAUUCUCCACUUUGCAUUGAUCCACUCGAUGACGUCCGCGCUGCUUAUAGCAAGAUGAUCCGCGAGAAGCUCUGCUUCCACUACGAAGAGAACAACAAGCCAUCUGGCCUCCGUGUUGUUUACUCCGCCAUGCACGGUGUUGGCCACAAGCCAACUCUUUGGGCUCUUCACACAUUCAACCUUCCACUCCCAAUCCCAGUUCCAGAACAGUGCGAAGGCAAUGGUGACUUUCCAACAGCCGCCUUCCCGAACCCAGAAGAAGGUGAACCAGUUUUCCGCCACGCAAUUGCUCGUGCUAACCUUACAGGCGCUGAUCUCAUCAUCUGCCAGGAUCCAGAUGCUGACCGUGUUGGCAUUGCUGUCCGCCAGAAAGAUGGUUCAUUCCGCAUCCUUCACGGCAACCACACAGGCACACUUCUCACAUGGUGGUACAUUCAGCACUUCAAGGGCGACCACUCCAAGGCUAAGUUCAUGAACUCCACAGUUUCUACAAAGAUGCAGCAGAGAAUCGCUGAAGUCGAAGGCUUCCAGUACGAAGAAACACUCACAGGCUUCAAGUGGCUCGGAAACGCUGCUCUCAAGGCUGCCGAGGAAGGUGUUACACCACUUCUUGCAUUCGAAGAAGCUAUUGGCUUUGAAAUGGUUCCACACAUCACCCCAGAUAAGGAUGCUAUUUCUACAACAGCUGUUGUCAUCGAAAUGGCUCACUACCUCAAGAGACAUGAGAACAAGUCACUCACUGACAAGCUUGAUGACAUUUAUGCCAAGUAUGGUUACUACCUCUUCAACAACUCAUACUUCAUGUGCCACGAUCCAGAAGUCAUCAAGGCUGUCUUCGUCCACAUGAGAACAUCUGGCCCAGAAGGCAAGCAUGUUCAGAAGGUUGGCCGCUUCAACGUUAAUGGUGUUAGAGAUAUGACACUCGGCUACGACUCUCGUACAGCAGACCAUGUUCCAGUUUUACCAAAGCAGUCAGGCCAGAUGAUCACUUUCUACCUCGACAACGGAACAUCUGCUACAAUCCGUACAUCCGGCACAGAGCCAAAGAUCAAAUGGUACAUCGAACUCGCUGCCGAGAAUCUUGAAAAGGCCCAGAAGGAUCUUGAUGAGGUUGUCAAGGCUAUCCAAGAUGAUCUUCUCCUUCGUGAAAAGUACAAUCUCAAGCACACAGAUUAA